AUGCCAGACGACCAAUACCCCCCUCUAUGGGAUCUCAAUUCCGCGAUCAAUCUCCUCCAGACCCUCAGUCUACCCAAGUACGACCCGUCCUCCGCUCGAGAGCUCGUUGCGCCUCCUUCCCACCAUGAUGCAGCUGAUGAAAGAGUCGACCACUCCCUCGGAGACUUCUCAAUUCUUUUUGACUUUCUCGGUUCGGUCGAUACACCAGAUGACCAGCGGGACUCGGAAUUGAUCAAGUACGAAGUCAACGAUGAGCCUGUGGCCGAGGUUGAGCUUAACCAUCUGAGCAAAGGGGUUCGCUGGCGAGAUGAAGUCGACGGGGCUGACUUAGAAGACAAUGUCGAACCCGCCAAAGCCACCGCAGCCUACAUUCGCAACAAAAAGCGAGCAGAAAGGAGAGCAAGAGCUAAGGAGAGAGCAGAAAAGCCUCCUGCCCAAUCAGAACAAAAAUCCAUAUCCGAUACUACCGACCCUGAGUCUGGUGAAGAGCUUGAAUCCCUGCGCAGGUCUCCGGACCGACGUGCGGUUAUCGAUGACAUUGUUGGUCGACAUAGGCCAACUAUUCGUGAUGCUUACUCUCCACCAACUUCGCCCUCGCCGCCCAAGUCAGGACUGAGGACUCCGAAGCGGGACUGGCCUGUUUCCAACCCGUUUCUGUGGACUGCUCCUGGUGUUCCCUCACCAUCACACCGCAUAGGAUUUGCUCCUCGUGAUGGAUUGUCUCCGAGGGCGAGGAAACAGGCUCUCAUAACGGCACUGACGCGUCAAUAUCCCGAGGAGAAGAGGUAUUUGAAGAACUCUGGAUUGCUGGAGCCUGCAUUUACCCCUCUGAAUGUAUCCAAGAUUGGGAUCCAUGUAUUUGUCGACAUCUCGAACAUAUCCAUUGGCUUUCACGACUGUUUGAAACUAGCUCGUGGCAUGGCACGGGAGACACGACUCAAGCGUGUCCCACUGUCAUUCCACAAUUUUUCACUUGUUCUCGAACGAGGCCGGCCAGCCGCCAAGCGCGUCCUUGUCGGAUCCGACAAAUACGCCGCCAUUCGACAAGCCAAAUCGAUUGGCUUCGAAACCAACAUUCUUGAACGCGUGCACAAAGCCAAAGAGCUGACGCCGCGGCAGAAGAAGUACCGUUCUGCAGGGGAGACGAGUGGUUCUGAAACGAACACGACUUUCCCCAAUACCAACACCCCGGCGGCGGAGAAAUGGGUCGAGCAGGCUGUGGACGAAAUUCUGCACCUGAAGAUCCUGGAGUCGCUGAUCGACGCGGAAAAACCGAGCACCAUUGUCCUCGCCACAGGUGAUGCCGCAGAGGCAGAGUACUCUGGCGGAUUUUUGCGGAUGGUCGAGCGUGCAUUGGAAAAAGGCUGGGCGGUUGAGUUGGUCAGUUUUAGACUCAACACCAGUAGCCUUUACAAGCGAAAGGAGUUCCGUGCGAAAUGGGGCCCGAUGUUCAAAUGGAUUGAAUUGGAUCCGUUUGUCGAGUUUCUGAUUGACGAGGAGGAGGAGGACAGCUGA